GUGCGCAGCCAUGGACAUCCUCAGGUCUCUGGGGCACCCGGAGGAGAUAUACAACCUCGUCAGGUUCAAGAUGGGAGCUUGCAGGACUGUGCAGCCCAGGCUGGACCCGGACUCCAUGAGCGAGAGCCUGCAGACCUGCUACCGAUACCUCAACGAGACCAGCAGGAGCUUUGCCGCCGUCAUACAAGCGCUGGAUGGCGAGUUACGGCACGCGGUGUGUAUAUUCUACCUGGUGCUGCGGGCUCUGGAUACGGUGGAAGACGACAUGACCAUAGCCCUGGAGACCAAGAUCCCCAUGUUGCACGACUUCCACACCUACCUGUACCAGGAGGACUGGCGCUACAUGCACAGUAAGGAGAAGGACAAACAGGUGCUGGAGGAUUUCCCCACGAUUUCUCUGGAGUUUCGGAAACUGGCGGUGAUUUACCAGGAAGUCAUAGCGGAUAUCUGCCACAGGAUGGGAGUAGGAAUGGCCGAAUAUUUGGAGAAGAAGGUCGAGACCCUGCAGGAGUGGGACCAGUACUGUCACUAUGUCGCUGGCCUGGUCGGCAUCGGUCUGUCCCGAUUGUUUUCAGCCUCCGAGCUGGAAGAUCCAAUCGUGGGCCUGGACACCAAGCUCUCAAAUUCUAUGGGACUUUUCCUGCAGAAAACCAACAUCAUCCGAGACUACCUGGAGGACCAGAUGGAGGGCCGCGAGUUCUGGCCCAAAGAGGUUUGGGGCAAGUAUGGGAAGAAGCUGUCAGACCUGGCCAACCCGGAGAGGAUCGUCCCCGCCGUGCACUGUAUGAACGAGCUGAUAACCAACGCGUUGCACCACGUGCCCGACGUCCUCACUUACCUGUCCCGCCUGAAGAACCAGAGCGUCUUCAACUUCUGUGCAAUUCCACAGGUGAUGGCCAUCGCCACCUUGGCCGCAUGUUACAAUAACCAGCAGGUGUUUAAGGGGGUGGUAAAGAUCCGCAAAGGGCAGGCAGUGACCAUGAUGAUGGACGCCACCAACAUAGAGGCAGUGAGAGCCAUUAUGUACCAGUAUGUAGAGGAGAUCUAUCAGAAAAUCCCCCUGACAGACCCCUCGUCCGGCCGCACCCAACACAUCAUCGUUUCAAUUAGGAAUUUGAGUCUGUCCAACUCUGGCUCGUUAGCGUCCCGCAACCAUUUCUCCCCCAUCUACUUGUCGUGCGUGAUGCUAUUGGCCGCCAUCAGCUGGCAGUACCUCAGCACGGUGUCCCAGGGGUCGGAGGAGGUGCACAGCCGCCAGUGAGGGCGGGGCUUACGGAGGGACGUCCCAUGGCGCUGGGAUCCUUCUCACUGCAGAAUGUGGCAAGCACAAAGGGAACCUUCCGCCCCUCCCCAAAUGGACUUUAUUUACACAAAGGAUUAUGGGAUUGAAUCAGCAAUAUUCUGAUGAUGGUUUGUGAUUGGGAAAAUAAUAGCACUUAAUGCACCUUUAUCCAGAGUCCGACGCCCCACAGGCGCCUUCUUACCCUUCUACGUUUUCCUGAUUUAUUUCCCUCAAACGCCGACAGUUCUGAUUGGCUCUCCUGGCUCAACAUGUGACUCCUGCCACGGUACUGCCUGCCUUCUGGAUGACGUUGGUGGUUUCGGACAGAAGCGAGACGAGACAGUUGUAUUGAUUUUAGGGUCCCUGAUGGACAGUAUCUUGCCUGGGCACCCGUAUAAGGGUGGGGGUCCCCUAAAGCGUCUGCCUUGCUCUGUAUUUAGCCACACUGUGCUACAGUAAUCCAAUAAUCUGUGUGAACAAUAGCAACACAUGCAGGCUGAAAUGUAGCAUUCAACAGUUGCACCAGCAUUGUUUACUCAACCCAUAAACCUGAUUGGCCAGUGAACAACAUAGGCCAACCAGCAACAGGAUGGGGCUGAACUUUAAUUGGUGGGAUCAGCGCAGAAAUGUGGCCAUAUUGCCUGCACCCACUGAUAGAUGCCUUGGUCGUUACCAAGCUGUGGUCCCUCCAUCACCCUGUGCUGUCAGUGGGACUAUGGGAGUUGUAGUUUAACAGGAGAGAGGCAGGCUGGUCAUUGUGGACUAACUGGAAAUGUGUAUGCCAAUGGGAAAUGGGCUGAUGUGCAGAUAUAAAUAUUAUACGGGUUAUUUUAAUAGGUAGUACCAUAAACCAGCGGUUUUAAAGGAAGAUUUUCAGCAAAUUUUAGUUUAUUUUAGCAAAUUGUUGUUUCCUGAGAUGUGAAUCUCCUACUGAGAUCGGUGGGUCAUGUGAGGGGGGAUUGGAGCGCACGGUUUCCCCCAUGUUUUGGGCAGGUAAUGAACUAACUGUUCCAGUAGCUGAUCUGGUCGCAGCUAUGUUUCUGGGAACUGAGCAAAUCAGGCACAUAGUUUCCUAUGGAGCUGCACACACACACAAACAGGGAAGCCUGCGCCAUGCAUAUCCCUGUGCUGACAGACCUACCAUAGUGACUCCAAUGUGCCCUAUUAGUCAUAGCUGUCCAUAAACAGACUCCGCCCACACGUGAUGUCGCUGUUCAUGUGUCGCAUGUUCUCAUUGACGGCAUAACACACCAUGAUUGGUUCCCAAGAUUCAGCCCAAUCGGCUCAGGCUUCUGCCCGACUGGUUAAACUGGUAGAUAAUAAUGCGCUGGGAGUAGCAGUUCAACUCCUGUACACGUAGGAGUGUUGGAAAUAACCUGUAUUGUGACAUUGUUAUACAAUGUGCUUUCAUUUUUAUUAAAUAAAAGUUCUUGUAAAACUUC